AUGGCCCUACUGAUGGCGUCGGUGGUGCUGGGAGAGGGAGAGUCAGAUUUUGGCGGUUCAGCCGGGAAGACGCAGAGGGGCAGCAGCCUUCAGAGACUUCCAGCAGUGGCAUCAGCAAUGGCUGGACUGUUCUGGACGACAGCAGCAACUCCAUCUUCUCCGUGGAUGCGAGCGGCAUGGUUUGCCUGCUUGUACCUUACCCGUGCAGCCUGGUGGGCUGUGAAGGGGAAGCCUCGUCCUCCCAAAUUUCAUGCCAGCCCCACCCUGGCGCGGUUGCGAGUUUGCAGGAACGAGAAAGAAGCCAGUCGGGUCAGCCUCGGUGCUGGAUUCGAUACGGAGGGGAAGAUGAAGGCUCCGCUGGCGGAUAUGCCGCGGUGGCGCGUUGAGGCGCUGGUGGGGACGCAUGUGUGCGACAUGGGCCUGUACAGGCGCGCGCUGACAUCACCCACGGCCGUGGAUGACAUCGUUGGAUGCUCCUACGAGCGGCUGGAGUAUGUGGGCGAUGCCGUGCUGGGCCUCAUCAUCCGCGAGUACAUCUACAGCAAGUACCCGGGGGUGACGGAGCACGCGAUGUGCACAAUGGUGUCAACGCUGGUGUCCGGGCGCACGCUGCACGACUUUGCGCGGGGGCUGCACCUGGAGCAUUACCUGGCGCUCAACGCGGACGACCAGUGGGCCAUGCGCGGCAUGGGCGGCUAUGCCGGCGGCAUGCUGGCUGACGCCUUUGAGGCGCUGCUGGGCGCGCUGUUCAUGGACCGCGGCUACCCCGCUGCCCGCGCCUUCCUCCUUCGCCUUGUCGAGGAGGUGGUGGACAUGGAGCGGCUGCCGCUGAACAGGGACUACAAGGGCGUGCUGGGCAACAUCAUGCGCCUGCGGGGCAUGGGCCGCGCCGUCUACCGCAGCCGCGCCCACAUGGGCACACCCGACCCCGCCACCGCCUCCUACCCGCUCGUGCCCCGCGCACCGGCUGGCGGCGGCCCCCACCUCAUUUGGGUCUGCCGGGUGUCGGCGGGGGGCAUAGUGGCAUCAGGGGCGGACAUCCACCGGCCGACGGCGGAGCAGCAGGCGGCACGCGCAGCGCUGGAGGCCCUAGGGGCGCCCCUGGAGGAGCUAAGCCUUGUGGAGGCCGACCAGCUCACCAUGCUCGACAUCGCCCGCUCCCUGCCGGACCUCCCUGACAUGCCGCAGCCGUCCGGCGGCUAUGCAAGCGCCAUGAACGGCAGCGGCAGCAUGCAUGCGGGGAGCGGCGGCAAUAGGGCCGGCAGCAACGGAUCAGGCAGAGCUGCACGGAGGGCGCUGGCGAGGAGGGGUUUGAAGUAGUGCCGGCUUUGUCUUUCCUGACUGUCAAGCAUGUCCUUUUGCAAGCGCUUGCAGAUGACUCUACGUUGCUGAUACUGUAUGAGUGUAGAACUAGAAAGGAAUGAGAGACCAAUUUCGCCGGCUCUUGUUAAUUGCUGUAUUAUUGAUUGUCAUUGCUGUGCGGGAUCCUUUAGCUAGUGACCAUGUACAUGCCAGGUAGAUCAAAGUGAAAUAAGCGUGUAUCUUCAUGUUGUAGCAAAGCAAUCAACAAUU